AUGUCGGAAAAUUUCUAUAGAAGUAUGACUGAUAGGCCAGAACUAAGAAGUCUAGAAGAUUUUGAUAUUGACAUAUAUUGUGCAAAUGGACAGGAAGUGCCUUAUAGUGGUUAUAUAGAGCUAGGUGUAAAAGUCCCGUCAUUAAAUGACGAAGAAGCUGUUGCUCUAAUUUUGAUUGUACCACAAACAGAAUACAACCAAAGAGUACCGGUUAUUAUAGGCACAAAUCUUAUUCGUGAGUUUUCAAAACUAAGUAAAGAGAAGGAAGCUGAUACUAUUCCAAAUGAAUGGAGAGAAUCAUUUGAUGUACUAUCAGCGACCACAAUUGGUAAAGUUAAAGUCACGAAAAAGAUUACAUUGUUACCAAGGGAAACCAAAACUGUAACAGGUUUCAUACGCAAGCAGAGACAUGUAGAAUCAGCUGUAACAGAAUGUUUGGAUGAUAUAAAUUCUACAUCUGCUGUAGUCUGUCCACGAGUUGUCUCGUUGAAUAAUCCUGGUAGAACAUCACGUGUGCCAGUACGGUUGUGCAACAUCAGUGCUAAAACCAUGCAUAUAACAGAAAAAACUAAUAUUUGCCAACUGCAGGAAGUCACUGUGCUUAGAAGUAUGCCGAUCAUUGACAAUCGUUUGAUAUCAUCUGAUAUUUCAGAAACAAGCAAAUCCUCUUCUUCUCCAACAAAUCUAUGUCAUCAGUCUGCAUCUGAAAAAAAAAACAAAGCCAUGAGUGAUGAGGAAAUUAAUAAAACAUUUGGUGUCGAUCUUGAAAAUAAAUGGAAUGGCAUUUUCCCUAAAUCAUCCACAGAUCUUGGACACACAUCAGCCGUAAAACAUAAGAUUGAAUUGUUAGAUGAGAAACCUUUUAAAGAGCCAUACAGACGCAUACCACCAGCGAUAUUUAACGAAAUGAAAGAACAUCUCCAUGAAAUGUUAAAAGUCGGUGCAAUUAGGGAAUCUAAUAGUCCAUGGUCAUCAAACGUUGUAAUAGUGAGGAAAAAGGAUGGAUCGAUUAGAUUUUGUAUUGAUUUCAGGAAAAUCAACCAACGGACCAAGAGAGAUGCAUAUGCACUUCCACGGAUAGAAGACACUUUGAACUGCCUCGCCGGAUCAAGAUAUUUUUCAAAACUGGACUUGAAAUCAGGAUACUGGCAGGUAGAGCUAGAUGAACGAGAUAAAGAGAAAACGGCCUUUCAGGUUUGGGGACUGGGAUUCUACGAGUGUAAUAGAAUGCCCUUGGCCUAUGUAACGCCCCAGCAACCUUUCAGAGAUUGA